GGUUGAGGGUGCCAACUGCCACUGCCAAAAAUAAUAAUAUCACAAAAUUCACAAAAAUAACGGGCUUUUGUGUUAAAAAAUGGAAAUCACCAAAAAGAACUUUAGUGAGCAGCUGGAAAACAUAACCAAAAACUUGAAACGCUCAUGUUUUGUUGGAUUUGAUGCCGAAUUCACCGCUAUAUUGUCAGGGGACUGCUUUAAAUAUAGGUUAUUUGACACAAACAAAGAAAGAUAUGACCUAAUAAAGGAUGAAGUGAGCAAAAUGAUAAUGACUCAAGUUGGCCUGACCAUGUUCCAAUAUGACCGUGAUCAUGACAGCUAUAUUGCAGUGGGGUACACAUUCCACCUGUGUCCCCAAGUUGUUGCAGACAUUGAUCAGAUGUUCAUAUUCCAAGCAUCUACUCUGAAGUUUCUUUGCAGAUACAAUUUCAAUUUUAAUAAGUUUAUAUAUGAUGGCCUGCCCUAUUUAAGUAAAGUAGAGGAAGCACAUAUAAGACAACAACUGAAAGACAAAACACUAGUUGGUAGUCUAAUACAUGCACUCACAAUGGAAGAUGAAAGGAAACUACAGAAAUACUGCUCCGAGGUUUCAAAAUGGCUAACAGGAAAAGACGAGGAAACAAUGUAUCUAGAUAUUGAGUGUCCAAUAAUGCGGUACAUAGUUCACAACGAGAUAAGGCAACGGUUCACAGACGUACUUACCACUGAUAGCUUAGGUAAUAGCAAUAAGGUUCUAAUAUACAGAGAUAAAUAUGUAGAAGGUGCCAACAGCGCACCCAUGGCUAUUUUAGAAGAUAACCUAAUGAGCUGUUUAUUGGGAUUUUCACAAAUCAUCGAUUUACUUGCAACACACCAAAAACCUAUAAUUGGCCAUAAUAACUUUUUGGACCUGGUACUUCUCCACAAUCAAUUUAUAGGUCCUUUGCCUAAGAAAUAUUGUACAUUCAAGAAAAAUAUUAAUAGUUUAUUUCCCAUCAUAUUUGAUACUAAGUACAUUUCUCAUGAAAUGAGAAAGAGGCUGACUUUCGAUGAAGUAUGGAAAUCAAAUGCACUGCAAGAUUUAUAUGAGUUUUUCUCUGAGGGCAAAUGUAAAAAACUGGAAAGUGGAGUUAAUUUCAUAAAACUGAGUACACCAUUCAAUGUCAAACAAUCCUAUCACGAAGCUGGAUGGGAUUCAUAUUGUUCAGGAUACUGUUUUAUCCGGAUGAGUCACUGGGCAGCGUGUGAUAAUAGCGGCAAGUAUAGACCGGUGGGCCCCAGCGAAAAAUUAGCAGCUUUAGCUCCCUACUGCAAUAAAGUCAACGUCAUACGUGGGGCUAUACCUUUUAUGAAUCUCGUGGACGUCGACCCGCCGCGACAUCGCCCGGAAUUACUUCACAUAAAAUCUAUGAAGGAACGAAUCAUUAACGUCGGGAAGAUAACGUCGGUGCUCGCAGGUUUGGGUUCCAUAGACGUCAAACCUUACGGAAAGAAAACUGCGCUCAUAGCUGCCAGCACACAAUACACGGCCGAUAAGAUAUUAAACCAGUUCCAGAACGACAGAGAAUAUAGGAUAUCACCAUUUAACGUCAUCAAGCAUACUCCCGCAGGCAGAAUGGCGAUUUGGGGAAGUGCAUUGUUAACCGGCAGCUUACUACUGUUUUUAUUACAUAGACGUGUUACUAAAUAGUAUACACACAUGUAAGAAAAUCAGCAUAUAGGUUAUAUGAAAAAUUACUGUAUCAAAUAAUAAUGUUAUAAGACUGCUCUAUGUUUAUAGUACAAUUAUUAUUAAUAGUCAAAUUGAGUGAAUACGAAAUAAAGAUGCCUUAAAGGUUA